GUUUACGUCAUCGCGUGCCGCUGCGCGUACUCGUAGACGUCAAAGCGGGAGUAAGGGCGGGCUCGGAGCGCAUAGCAGUGAGGCCAGCCAGCGUCCAGUCUUAAAUUUCUGGCUGCUUGUGGUCCUCCACUUAUUCAAUGAACGGCACAAUGGCUGCAUCGUCGAACAGAAUCAUGCUGGGCCCCCUCGUAGCCGCUAUCGACCAAGGCACGAGUUCCACGCGCUUUCUGGUUUUCAAUGCAAAAACAGCAGAGCUUCUCAGUCACCAUCAGGUUGAGAUUAAACAGAGCUUUCCUAAAGAGGGCUGGGUUGAGGAGGAUCCAAAAGAGAUUCUUCAGUCUGUGUAUGAGUGCAUGGACCGAACCUGUGAGAAACUGACCCAGCUCAACAUUGACAUCUCGAACAUUAAAGCUAUUGGUGUGACCAAUCAGAGGGAAACCACCCUUGUUUGGGACAAGGAAACAGGAGAACCACUUUAUAAUGCUAUAGUUUGGCUUGAUCUGCGGACCCAGUCAACAGUAGAAAGGCUCAUCAACAAAACUCCAGGCAGAAACAAAAACCAUCUCAAGCACAAGACUGGCUUACCCAUCAGCACGUACUUCAGCGCAGUGAAGUUACGCUGGCUGAUGGAUAAUGUUGAAAAAGUCCACGAAGCUGUGCUCUCUCACAGGGCCAUGUUUGGAACAGUGGACUCCUGGCUUAUCUGGUGCCUGACGGGGGGGAAGAAGGGAGGUGUUCAUUGCACAGAUGUAACCAAUGCCAGCCGGACAAUGCUCUUCAAUAUUCACACAAUGGACUGGGAUCCAGAGCUCUGCAAAUAUUUUGAUAUACCAAUGGAAAUCCUGCCAAAAGUGAGAAGUUCUUCAGAGAUUUAUGGUUUAAUGAAAAUCAGCUCUAAUCUGAAAUCUGGCCCUUUAACUGGUGUCCCCAUAUCAGGGUGUCUUGGUGACCAGUCUGCUGCGCUGGUGGGACAGAUGUGUUUCAAGGAUGGACAAGCUAAAAAUACUUAUGGUACUGGUUGUUUCCUGCUUAAAAAUGUAGGAACAAAGCCUGUAAUGUCGGACCAUGGACUCCUGACCACGAUCGCAUAUAAACUAGGGCGUGACAAGCCAGCCUGCUAUGCACUAGAGGGUUCAGUUGCCAUUGCAGGAGCAGUUGUGCGUUGGCUGAUGGAUAAUCUCGGAAUUAUCCAAACCUCUACAGAACUAGAGAAACUAGCUGCUGACGUUGGCACGUCAUAUGGCUGUUAUUUUGUCCCUGCAUUCUCUGGAUUAUAUGCGCCAUACUGGGAACCCAGUGCUAGAGGAAUCAUCUGUGGUCUAACACAGUUCACCAAUAGGAGUCAUUUGGCUUUCGCAGCACUUGAAGCUGUCUGCUUCCAGACACGAGAGAUUCUGGAUGCAAUGAACCAGGAUAGCGGUAUUCAUCUGUCCCAGCUCCAGGUUGAUGGAGGCAUGACGUCCAACCGGUUACUGAUGCAGCUGCAGGCAGACAUACUGUGUAUCCCAGUGGUAAAGCCAUCCAUGCCUGAGACCACAGCUCUUGGUGCUGCCAUGGCAGCAGGAGCAGCUGAGGGGGUCAGUGUCUGGAGCCUAAACCCAGAAGAUCUCACAGAGGUUACUUCAGAAAGAUUUGAACCUCAGAUCAACCCAGAGGAGAGUGAACUGCGAUAUGCUCGCUGGAAGAAAGCUGUUCAGAGGGCUAUGAACUGGGAAACCACAGAACCAGUCAACAAUGGAAAUGAGGAGACUAGUAUCUUCAGUAGUGUUCCCUUGGGCUUUUACAUUCUCGGUAGCAUGUUUAUGUUAAUUGGAGCAAAGUACAUUGCAGCAGGGCAGAAGUAGACUUGAACCUUACUGCACUUCAGAAGAUGGAAAAUGAAGUCAUUAGGUCCAUGGCUUACCCCUUCAAAAUCAAGAUGUGCUGUAGUGGCCUUGGCAAAAGACAUUCCAACUGAAAGUGUUGUUAAUGGUUUCUGCAGAAAUGGUACCAUAAAAUGAUAAAUUAAGACCUUUCUGGUCAUGUAGCAGGAAGUUUUAUUGACCAUAUCUGGUAUGAUGAAGUCAUUAUUUUUCAUGUCUUCCUGUAGUUUCCCCACGCUCUUCUCUAGAAGCAGCAGCUUUAACACUGAAGCUGCUGUGGCUUGGUGUUUCUGGUAUUUUUCAUGUACAGUACAUUCUAAUGGAAUUGUCAAUGAUAGUAAGCAACUCUUGGCUGUGCAAAACAGUCAUCAUUGAGUUUGAUAUUUUUAUAUAUAUAUUUAAAGGCACUAACCAUCACAGACAUCAGCAGAUGUGUGUCUAUGUACAGUGGUUUUAGUUUGAAGUUUGAAAGAGUGAGACAUACUAUUAGUUCAAUUGAGUUACUUCUCAAAUCUAUUCAGGAGAGCAUUAGUGCACUUUAUAAUGUAUUAUGCUGUUAUGUGUAACAGCAAGGGAACUGUACAAUCUAAUGUACAUAAUGUUGAGAUGUUUUUUUUUUUUCUCCUCUUUUACAAUUUCAUAUGCCUGUUGAAAAUUUUAUUGACAAAAAUACUGUGCGUGGAAAUCAAGUCAACCUGUCCAAAACACUGUGGCCCUGAUGAUAGAAGUUGCACUUCUGUAUAACUUCUGCCUUCUAUAUGAGAGACCAUUAAACAGGAGGCUUUUUGAGCAUUAUGGAGUCAACAUCUGAACAAUUACUGACGGGGACUGCGUAACUAUAUUUGAACAAACAUAUUUUAAGAAUUGUAGAGCACUGUUUUGUCUUAUAUUUGGUCAAGUCACUGUAAUUUAAUCUCUGAAAAUUGUGCAUGUAAAUUACAUUACUGUGCAGCUCAAGAAAGUGAUGUUAUAAUAUAAAAUUAAUUUGACCUAAGGAUUUACUUUCAGUUCCAGCAAUUAGUUUCCGUUUAAAUAUCUAACUUGAACUUGAAAGGAAAUAGUUUGCACCUGAUUUUUCUAUCAUAUUUGAUGUCUGUGUAAUGAAAUAUAACAAGUUCCAUGACAAUUAAGAAUUUAUGAACUGAUGUAAACAUAAACGGAUGAGUUUAUUAUUAUUAUUUGCUAAAUUGAAUUAAUAUAGUUGCCAAUUUUGUGGUUUUCUUUUAAUGCAAAAGUUUGUUUUUUAAAAAGCCAAUUAGUAUUGUGACGAGCACUUGUAUAAUGUACUCUGAAUGGUACUUCCUUGAUUUGUCUUUGAUUUGUGUCAAUGAAUACUUGAAAUGCAAAAUAACUUGAUUAACAUAAAGUAGCCAGUAUUAAACUUCAGUAAUUAGUUUUCUUUAUUGCAUGUGGCGCUGGUUGCUGAAUGUGUCAUGCUUAAACAAGUUUUAUCUGGGUUGUAAAUGUUAGCGAGUGAUGCUGUGAUGUUCAUUACCUCAUCAUUUGCAUGUAAUUUCUUUCCCCAGGAUUUCAAGUAAAUUUUCAUCACUGAA